GUUGUUGUAUUUAUGAUUAUUUUUUUCAGCCUACUCUAUUUUAUAAAACAUAAAACUCUUCUAGGCCAAUAGGAUAUAGUUUAUGUAUAAAAAAGUCAGUUUUCUUUUCUUUUUUUUUUUCAGAUUUAUCAUAUUAUGUAAUUAUUAUUUUUUUCAUAAAAAAAAAAAAAAGCUUAAGAAUCCGAGGAAUGAAAGUAAGCUGCCUAAAACGGAUAGUCAUUCAUCAGGGGGAUACACAUACAUGUACACACACAAAAAAAAAAAGAAAAAUCUAAAAGAACAACAAGUUGUUUCCUUUUUCAUUUCAUCAAUGUAGUUAGUCGCAUGUUUUUGAUUUGAAUCGCAUAUUACGUUUUAUGAUUAUCCAAAUGUCUGCUUCCGAUUGGUAUCCAACAAUUUGUUACCAUGAAAAUCAGCCUUCUUUUUAAAAAAGAAUAUCAUAUUAUUAAUUUAAAAAGGCGU